UUAUCGUUGCUCUGAAGGGUGAGCUUGAGGAGUCUAAGGCCGAAGAGGAGGAGCUUCGGUAUCGCCUGGCAUUACAUCAGGAAAGUCUCGCUACCGCUGAUGAGAACCUCGCUGAUGCUGAAGAUGAGAUUCUAUACAUCACCUCUGUUGCAAAAGCCUGGGAGGCCCAAGCCAAUGCCAUCAUCGCUGAUCUUCGUUCUCGUGGUUCUGCCGCCACAGUCAAACCCCAACGCCGCCAUGCCUCCACCAAAUCUCGUUACUUAUCUCCUCGCUCUCAAGAUCCCC